AGCUCGAGCGUUUGGAGUCCGCCAGUGUCUGGGGAAGGUAGCAGACGCUUCUCUUCUUCGGACUUUGAAAUUCAAACGCCGUCAAAUUCCAUGAGUAAUUAUUCUAGUAACCACUGUGCUGUACAACAAAGCCAGGCGACCUCUGUAAUUUCAUUUGAAUUUCCCAACAAACGACUUAUAGGGUAGUAGUAGUAAUAGUAGUAGCUAACAUAGCUAGCCUAAAACAUGCCGAAUUUUUGCGCGGCCCCGAACUGCACACGGAAGAGCACACAGUCGGACUUGGCCUUUUUUCGUUUUCCAAGGGACCCUGAGAGAUGUCGAAUAUGGGUAGAAAAUUGUCGCAGGGCAGAUCUGGAGGCCAAAACAGUCGAUCAGUUAAACAAGCAUUAUAGAUUGUGUGCAAAACACUUUGACCCAUCACUGGUGUACAAAACCAGCCCUUAUAGAACCGUGCUGAAGGAUACGGCCAUUCCCACCAUGUUUGAUCUGACCAUCCGGCCUCGGGGUCAUGGUGACAAACAUCGCAAGCAGAUUAAAGAACUUACAGAGGAGGACUUAAAACGGAUAAAGGAAAGGAGAUUGGCGGCUGCUGCUGCGUCCAAAAAAGAAAACACCGUUGAGGAAAGCACAAGUGCCAAUGGAGUGGAGCCGCAGCUGUCCACAGAGGAGAGGGAGCUUCGCAGUUACCUGAGGUCUUUAUUUGAGGUUGUAAUCCUGCUGGCAAAGCAGAGCAUCCCCCUGGAGACGUUCAAGGUGUCAGCGAGUGAGAAGCUGUCCAACAACUUCCAGGCCUUGCUGGAUUACCGCAUAAACGCUGGAGACGCAGCACUGAGGAGGCGCUUUGAGGGGACGGCUGUUAAUGCCGAGUACCUCUCCACCACGCAGCUGGUCCAGCUUCUGGAUGUGUGUGAGAACACGGUAAGGGAGGAGAUGCUCAUGGAGGCGAGGGAGAGUCGUAUCUUCUCACUGGUUACAGCCGACCUGGUUGACUUUGGCAACGAGAAGCACCUGCCGCUUUUCCUGCGCUUUGUCAACCAGCAGAACAUCCUCCGGGAAGAGUUUUUGGACUUUGUGCCAUUCAACGGCGACGAAGUGGCACUGGUGGAGAGGCUGGAGGCGCAGCUGACAGAGCGCUGGGGGCUCAGCAUGGAGGACUGCCGCGGUCAGGCACACAAGGUCACAGGGGCGUCUGCCACCAAGAUGAAGGCUGUGGCCGUGCUCCUGAUGGAGAAGUACCCACUGGCCUUGCACAUGCCGUGCUCGCGCAUGGCACUCAACAUCCACCUGGCCAACAGUCUCCCUUUCCCCAAUGUCCAAAUCCUCAUGGAGACGCUGAGGAGGAUCAGCAUCUUCUUCAGAAAACCGGGCACACAGGCCGAGCUGGAGAAGGCAAUAUCAUCUCACUAUCAGAAGAACGAGGACAAAGCAGUGGCGCUGAAACAAGCCUGCAGUAGCGGCUGGACUAAGCAACAUAACGUCUUCGACGUGCUGCUGGACAUCCUGGUACCGCUCAUCUACUGCAUGGACGCCGUUCACAGCAACACCGAUGGAGUAUUUGACAGUGCCGUGAUGGCAGAUGCCCGUUCCCUCGCCGAAAUCCUGGCCGACUUUGAGAUGGCGAUGACCGUGAUCGUGUUGAAGAAUGUCCUGAUGUAUACCAGAGCGUUCGGCAGGAAUCUCCAAGGCGAGACUCAAGAGGCAUUUUCCGCCGCCAACAGCUUGACAGCGGUCAUGCAUUCGCUAAACGAGGUCAACGAUAACAUCGACGUCUACCAUGACUUCUGGUACGAGGAGGCCGUAAACGUGGCCACCGGCAUGGAGAUAUGUGUGCGUGUCCCCAGGCUCUUUACUCAGAGGCAGCGCGCGGCCGACAUAGGAGAGAUCCAAAUGGAGGCCUACUACCGAGAGUAUGUGACUCUCCCUAUCAUCCACAGCGUCAUGCAGGAAGUGGAGGAGAUGUUCUCUGACGUCAACAUCAAAGCCCUCAAAUGUAUCUCGCUGGUGCCAGCCAUCAUGGGCCAGAUGAAGUUUAACACCACCGAGGAGAACGACGCUGACAUUUACCACGGCGACCUGCCCAAUCCUGAGACGCUCCCCGCCGAGCUUCACUGCUGGAGGAUCAAGUGGAAGCACCGCGGCAAGGAGGUGCGCCUGCCCAACUCCAUUCACGAGACGCUGCAGCUGCCUGACAUCAAGUUCUUCCCCAACGUCAACGCUUUCCUCAAGGUUCUCUCGACCCUGCCCGCUCUCACGAUGGAAGAGCAGCCGGGCGAGGCGGCGGACGCACGGCUGCAGGCCUACCUGGACACCGUGCCGGCCAAGCAAUGGGACCGGAGUCUUGCCGUGCUCCACGUCAACGCCCACGUCAAGCCCGACCUAGACGUGAUGGUGGACAAAUACUGCAGACUUUACCCGGAGGAUGAGGCUGAAAUGGAGGCGGAAUCUGAGGAGGUAGCUGAAGAGGAGGCCAUGAAGUGAAACACAUCCUUUUGUUUUAUACGGAUUGUCGCUUUAGUGUAUUUUCACUUAUGUUUAUAGUGUGUUAAAACAUUUUGGAUUCACACAUUAGAUAAUGAGACAGAUUAUUUUUGAUACAGCUCUCCUCCCAAUGUUGUUGCUGAUAGAUGUAUGCAGAGGUAUUGAAGACAUCAUUGACUAACCUGUUAUCAAUUAAAAAAGGCCAUAACAUAUGUUCUUGACGUUUAAUAACCUCUUCCUGUACAGAUGGACUCAUUUUUUUUAGUCGCAGUUUCUGUAGAAAGACCACAAGAGGGAGCCACCUCACCAAAUACUAUUAGGGACACUUUCCAAAUACAUUCAACAUGGAGGUCACAUUACCAGUUUUUAUUUAUUUUCUGAAUCUGAUUUAAACUAAUAUUGUGUAGACUGUGUAUUGGUAUUUAUAUGGGUUAGUUUUAAGUAUUUCAAUGUAUUUACUAUUAUUUGCCCGAUCGAUGUGUCUCUUGCCAAACAUGAAUUAUUAAUGUGCUAUUUAAUCUUUAUAAAGCAGUGUUACAUUUUGGUUUGUAUGCAUGUUGCUUUUGCCUUAAACGGCAUGCUCAACUCAGUCCUAAAUCAGUGACAUUUGCUUCGCUAAAAUGAUGUUUAGGUUCAUUCUAAACAUCACAAUAAUUAAAUACAUUUGGUAAAGUCACACUUCUCCUAACUCAGGGGUGUCAAACUCAUUUUAGAUAGGGGGCCACAUGGAGAAAAAUCUACUCCCAAGUGGGCCGGACUGGUAAAAUCACGGCACGAUAACUUAAAAAUAAAGACAACUUCAGAUU